AUGGAGCCCUGUCUCUGCACACUGAGACCGGCACUCAAAUUGGAGGUUCUCGGCACGCUCAUUUGGCCGUUGUUGUUCAAAGAUGCAGAUUUGCGGAAAAACCGUCUGAGGUCGGCCAUGGACGAGUGGCGGGAGCCCGGCGUGUUCGCAGUGGUGGAAAUACUUUCAGUGCUGGACUGUGACGAAGGAGAUUGUCCGGUGACAUCUUGCUGGGGAGAAGAAGAGAACUGGUCUAAUGUUGCGGCGGUGCUUCUUCUGGACUUGGAGAAGAAAUUCACCAGCGACGUGUUGGACCUGGAGGAGCUUAACGGGUUGGACGCAGCAACGGCGGCUGCACGGGCCUCCUGA